ACCGUGCGCAAGUGACUUCGCCAAAAAAGAUCAAGGCCAUACCAACAAGGGUUCAGCUUUGUUGAUGUCAACAGCAAAAAGUUGUCACGUCAUGGACGGGCAAGAUGAAGAUCUCGAUCCUGUGGCACUCGUUGUGCGUGAGCAGCUGGUCGAGAUGGGGUUUGCAAGGUCAACGGCGGAAGCGGCGAUUGCCGCCUGUGACCUCAAUCCUGCGGCGCUCGUUGUGCGUGAGCAGUUGGUCAAGAUGGGGUUCGCAAGGUCAACGGUGGAAGCUGCAAUCACCGCCUGUGGGAUGGGCGGGACGAGGAGGAAGAAGGAAGAAGCGGGGGAGGAGGAGGCCGUGGCGGUGGAGAAGGAUGAGGAGGAAGAGGGAGAGAUUGACGACGACGGAGGAGGAGGAGGAGGAGGAGGAGGAGGGGGAGGCCCCGACGAUGGAGGAGAGGAGGAGGAGGAAGAGGAGGAGGAAGAGGAGGAGGAGGAGGAGGACAAGGAGUAAGAGGAGGAGGAGGAGGACGAGGAGUUGAGUAGCCAUCCACCUCGUCGAUUUGAUAGUGUGUUGAUUAUCUAGUAGGAACAAAGCUUUGUUUUUGUU